UCUAGUUAGUGAUUUUUCAAUGUAUUCCAGAUGAAAAACCAGUUUGCAUUAAUUAUAUAAAUAAAAAAUGGAUGUGACGAUGCAAGAAGAGAAAUCUCCACAGAACGAUAAAGAAAAAUGGGUUGAAGAGAUGGAAAAUAUGCACAUUGAAUCUGCUAUUAUGAACAGGUUAAUCAUGGACUAUUUGGUAACAGAAGGAUACAAAGAGGCUGCAGAGAAAUUUGAAAUUGAAGCAGGUAUAAGUGCUUCGGAAUGCCUGAAAGGAAUCGAAGGUCGAAUUAAAGUUCGUGAUGCAAUAUUGAAAGGGUGUAUAUCAGAAGCAAUCUCACUCAUCAAUGAUCUGCACCCCGAGCUUUUAGAUGAUGACAGAGUUUUACUUUUCUAUCUGCAGCUUCAGCAGUUAAUUGAACUCAUACGUGAACACAAAACGGAAGAAGCGUUGGAAUUUGCCCAAACAAGUUUAAGUGAACGUGGUGAAGAAAGUCCAGAAUGCCUUGUCGAUAUGGAAAGAGCUUUGGCUUUGCUGGCUUUUGAAAAGCCUGAAGAGUCGCCAUUUUUGGACCUUUUAUGCCCUGCACAAAGGCACAAAGUUUGGAGUCGUGUCAAUGCUGCAAUUAUGGAGUAUGAAAACAAAGAAUCUGUACCUUGCCUAACAAAAUUAAUAAAGCUUCUAAUAUGGUCUGAGUCUCAGCUUGAGGCAAAAGGAGUGCAUUAUCAUAAGAUGAAUGAUAUUUCGAAGGGAGAAGUUUCUUAAAAUUUAGAGUGAAUCAAGAUUAUGAUUUAUGAAACACUUAUACAUUUACAUGUGGGCACUGUUCGGACAUGCAGGUGCUAUUGAUACUUCCCUAUGUUAUAUAAUGAAUUUUCUCAAAUAGGCAAAGCAUCUAUGAAGAACAUCUGUGCAGCUCAUUUUAUUCAUAAAUGUUCUUCAAGUCAAUAUCAACACUCCGCUGCAUUUUACUAAGAACAAUUGUGCGCCAUUAACCAAGGACACUUAAUUGUACAGUUUUAUGAAACCAAGAAUAUACUUGAAGCUUCAUUUAGAAAAGUACGCUUACUUUAUAAACAUGUAUCUUUGCUAUAAAAAUUACC